AUUGCAUCAUACUACACCAAAGAAUACAGAGAGACACCACAGAUAGAUUCUGACCAUCACCCAAGGAACAACUACACAACUGUGGGAAGAUAUCCAGUCCCUUUACAGCAUUGCUCAACACAGAGAAGGUUGGGCAGUGAAACUAUCAUCUGGAAAUUGGUUGGGUCAAGGGAGCUUUCACACAUCAUCAGAUCUGAAAUUGGUCAGUGGUGUGGAGCCUUCCAUCAGAACCAACCUUUCUGAAGUGUUGACUGUGGUGAUCAGUCAGGGUGAGACUGGGAAGAAGUGUGAAUGGGCUCUAAGUGUGGUGAGAGCUUCAAUCCCUCACCGAGCUUCACGAAUCACUGACUCAUCCCUAUAGGAGAGAGGCCAUUCAAGAGGAGUAUUCACAACUUAUGAGGUCUCGUGACUUACAAGGCAUCGACACAGCAGAGAAAGGAAUCCAGCAUGAGAUGUGGGAAUGAGCCUUUUCAAAGAUAAUGAUUAGCGUGAUUCACUGAUGCAUUCACACUGGGGAGAAGCCAUUUGCUUGUGAUGUUUGUGACAAAACAUUCUCGUAGACAUCAUAAGCUCCGUGCAAGUCAAUGCAUUCACAUGAUGGAGAAACCAUUCAGGUGUGAGGUAUGUGACAAAUCAUUCUCGCAGUCCUCGCACUUCCUUGUACACCAACGGAGCCACACAGGGGAGAAACCAUUUCGGUGCGAGGUGUGUGAGAAAUCAUUCUCGCAGUCAUCAAGCCUCCAUGUGCAUCAACGCAUUCACACAAGGGACAAAACCUUCUUGUGCAAGUUAUGUGACAAAUCAUUCUCGCAAUCAUCACACCUCCUCAUACAUCAACAUAUUCAUACGGGGGAGAAACCAUUUAUGUGUGAGUUGUGUGGCAAAUCGUUCUCACAGUCAUCGAGCCUCCGCAUACACCAACGUAUUCACACAGGGGAGAAACCAUUCACAUGUGAGGUGUGUGACAAAUCAUUCUCACAGUCAUCACACUUCCACAUACACCAACGUAUUCACACAGGGGAGAAGCCAUUCACGUGUACAGUGUGCAACAAAUCAUUCUCCAACUCAUCAAAACUCCUGCUCCAUCAGAGGAUUCACACGGGCGAGAAACCAUUCAGAUGUGAGAUGUGUGACCAGUCAUUUUCAUCAUCAUCAGCACUCCGUGUACACCAACGGAUUCAUACAGGGGAGAAACCCUUCACCUGUGAGUUGUGUGACAAGUCAUUUUCACAAUUAUCAACCCUCCGCAAGCACCAACACAUUCAUAAAGGGGGAAAAACAUUCACAUGCAGUGUAUGCAACAAAUCAUUCUUGAGAUCAUCAAACCUCCUACUCCAUCAGAGGACCCACACAGAGAAGAAACCAUUCAAGUGUGAGGUGUGUGACAAAUCAUUCUCAGAGUCAUCAAACCUCUUGCGACAUCAGAGGAUUCACACAGGGGAGAAACCAUUCAGAUGUGAAAUGUGUGCCAAAUCAUUCUCGCAGUUGUCAAUCCUGCAUGUACACCAACGUAUCCACACUGGAGAGAAACCAUUCACAUGUGAGGUGUGUGACAAAUCGUUCUCACGAUCAUCAACCCUCCGCACACACCAACACAUUCACACAGGGGAGAGACCAUUCAGAUGUAAUAUGUGCAAUAAGUCAUUCUCAAGGUCAUCAAGACUCUUGCUUCAUCAAAGGAUCCACACAGGGGAGUGACCCUUCAACUUUGAGGUUUGUGAUCAGCAUUUCCUGAUGUUUUUGGCAAUCUGGAACACCACUUGGUUCACACGGGAGAAACUCUUCGGGUGUUUGUAAUAAGUCUUUUGUACAGUCAGUGUAUCCUCUGCACCAACAGACAGAGGAGAGAAAUCCCCGUUGGUGUGAGUUCUGUAAUGAAGCUUUCACAUAACUGAUGGAUCUUCUGGAACAUCAGUGAGCCCACAGAAGAAUGACCAGUCCAUAUUUUUGCCCAGCUUGUCCUCAGAAUGUGUACUGGUGUACACAGUCUCAUGGUGCAGGGUGUUCAGUGGGACUGGGACACAAAACAAGAAGCAGCUUUCACUCCCAUCAAACACCUAGUGAUGACAUCACCAGUGCUGAGGGAUUAUGAUGUCAACAAUGGAGCCACCCUGCAGUGUGAUGUCAGUGACACAGGACUUGGAGCAAUCCCCCAUACAGUGAGGGCGACCCGUUGUGUUUGUAUCCAGAGAAUUAACACACACUGAAUAACACUGUACACAGAUUGGGAAAGAGAGACUAGAUAUUGCUUUAUCAGCAAGCUUUUCAACCAGUACCUGUUUUGAUGAGAAAGAAUGAUGGUCGAAUUUGACCUCAAGCCAUUUCAAUGCAUAAUUCUUAAACUGAUUCUGUCUGCUGCAAAGCAUUUGCUAAUUAUGUUAUUUGUUUGAGAUAUUGCUUGGGACUAUAUACCUGAACACAUUCAAGAUUAUAUGUGCAAUUGAAGUGUAGGCAUACCCAAAACUUGACUGUGAAAUAUAAAAUAUAUCUGGACAAUGUCUGUAAAAUAACUUCCAAAUGAUAUUGCAGAAAUUUUUUCUUUCUGUUAUGGGAAGGGGAAUGUUUUAAUAAAUUCCUUUACACACUGUACCUAACCAUAUUUAUGUGAUUUCUGAUGUCAUAUGUAAUAAAGAUUUAAGAGCAGUAGCCAUUUUACACACGUUUAAAAUUUAAAUUGCUCCAAAUAUUAACAAUGAGUUUCCUGAAGCCUGGGAAACUGAAUGGUGAAAUGCUGAUCAGG